CCUCUGCUCUGCUCUCUCAUCAAACUGAUAUGAUUCUCUCUUCUUCUUUUUCUUCUCUCUAAAUUCAAUUCUCUCUCUAAGUAUUUUUGAGAUGGAUCCAUGUCCAUUUGUACGCCUCACAAUAGAUUCCCUCGCCCUGAGACUACCGGAGACAGCUACCAACAAGCAAAUCGGCGGCGAAGUGCAUCCUUCUUCAACUCCCUGUUACUGUAAACUCCGUAUCAAACAUUUCCCUUCCCAAAAGGCACUUCUCCCUCUCUCUUCCUUCUCCGACGCUUCUUCUCCCCCGGAAUCCUCCACUUCUGCUCCGGGCUUUCACCUCGACGCCGACGCCAUCCGACGUGUCUCCGGCAAGAAGAUCUCUCUCCGAGUCUCUGUCUACGCUGGACGCACGGGACACUCUUGCGGCGUCGCUUCCGGGAAGCUUUUGGGUAGAGUCGAGGUUGCCGUCGAUCUCGCUGCCGCGUUGACUAGGACCGUCGCGUUUCAUAGCGGUUGGAAGAAGCUUGGCGGAGACGGAGAUAAACCCUCGGCUCGGUUACAUUUAUUGGUUCGUGCUGAACCGGAUCCUCGGUUUGUUUUUCAAUUCGGUGGUGAACCGGAAUGUAGCCCUGUGGUUUACCAGAUUCAAGACAACCUCAAACAGCCUGUCUUUAGCUGCAAAUUCAGCUCCGACCGUAACGGAAGAUCUCGGUCUUUACCAUCAGGAUUCACAUACAGUAGCAGAGGAUGGAUCACAAGAACAUUAUCAGGUGACCAAUGGGAGAAGAAACAAGCGAGAGAACGUAAAGGAUGGAUGAUAACGAUCCAUGAUCUAUCGGGAUCACCUGUAGCAGCAGCUUCAAUGAUCACUCCUUUCGUGGCAUCCCCAGGGUCAGACCGAGUCUCUAGAUCAAAUCCUGGUGCGUGGCUCAUCCUUAGGCCGCACGGGACUUGUGUCAGCAGCUGGAAACCGUGGGGACGUCUUGAAGCUUGGCGUGAGAGAGGAGCUAUCGAUGGUUUGGGUUACAAGUUCGAGCUCGUGAGGGAUAAUAGUACUAGCACCGGCAAUCCCAUUGCAGAAGGGACAAUGAGCACAAAACUAGGAGGAAAGUUCAGUAUUGACAGGAGAGUCUCAGGGCAGGGAGAGUCGCCGGCAAUAUCGUCGCCGGUGAAAGGGUUCGUGAUGGGUUCGAGCGUCGAAGGAGAAGGGAAAGUGAGCAAGCCGGUGGUCCACGUAGGAGCGCAGCACGUCACUUGCAUGGCCGACGCAGCUCUCUUCGUCGCUCUCUCCGCCGCUGUUGAUCUUAGCGUCGACGCGUGUCAGCUCUUCUCUCGUAAGCUCCGUAAAGAGCUCUGUCACGACGACCAAAGCUCACUCACGUGAAAAAUAUUAUUAUAUCUUCUUUCAUCAGUGAAGACGACCACGUACGUACUGACUUAACAAAAGGCCGAUCCGUGAACCAUGAUUUCGGUUUUUUUUCAAAUUUUUUUUUUUUGAAAGAUCAAUUAAACGUGAAAAUUCGACAAAGCUGUACAGACAACAAUGAUCAUUGUGUUGUUUGUAAUAUCUUUGUAUCAUAUUUAUUUAUUUUUUUAAUUUUUUUUUCUUCGGUU